AAUUGACACGGGGGGGGAGUGGAGACACUGCUGGCUCCGCCACCUGGCUGGCACCGGGGGGACACGUGUGGGGCCGAAGGUGACAGGGCGGGGACAGCUCCGAGGGCGCUCCCAGCGCGGUGAGUCAGGGCUGAGACCCCGCAGGAAACGCCAGGGAUUUCCAAAGCGCCCUGGAAAGCCCCGCGCUGGGAUUUCCUCCCUCUUCCCGAGGCUCUCUGGGCGACGGCAGGCCGGGAAUGUCGGAGGGGAAAGGAUGGGAAGCAGGGAUGCGGCCAAGGAAUGGCCCCGCUCGGGCAGGGAUGGAGCAGCUGCGUUGUUUACUCAAUCCAGCUUGCGCUGCUCUUCGUUCCCGGGCUUUUCUCCUUCUCCAGACAGGGCUGUGACCGCAGAAACAAAGGCAAAACUUUAAUCCCGCAAAUCCCCCUCUCUUCCCAGCGAAGGCCGCGGGUGUUCGUCCCUCUCCGAGGGGACGCUGGGGUCGGACCCCGCCCGGGGGCUGCCCGGGGGCGGCUCAGCCGCAGCCAGAGCGGCUAAAAAUAUCCCCGCGUCUUCGCGGAGGUGCUGCAGCCGCAACCAGCCGUGCAAACCGGACCGAAAUUCAGUCAGCCGCAUGCGACAGGAGCUGGGGACGCGUCCCCCCGGCCCCGCGUGGCUGCCGGGGGGGACACGGGGUGCUGGGAGCCCGUGUCCCCCCGCCGCCCCCCCGGCUCGCUGCCAUCUGCUCCGGGUGUGUUCGAGGCGAGGAGGAGCCGCAGAAAAACCAGGUCAGGGCUGUGAUGGCAGCGCCGGGGCGAGGCUGUGCCCGCCUGCGAGCACCGUGCCACCCGCCCGUGCCACCCGCGGGACACCCGGCUGGCACCGAGCCAGUGGGGACGGCCCUUUGGGAUGUCCUGGCACCCCGGCGGCAGCUCCCUGCUGCCAUUCCCUGCUGGAUCUCGCUCCGCCGCGGCGUGCCCACACCCUGCUGCCAGCGGCCCCGUGCCACCCCGGCCCUGCCCGUGCCACCCCCGCCCUGCCCGGCGGUGCAGCGCGACUCAAACCCCGCCAGCCCCCCAAAUCUGGGCAGCCAGAGCAGCGCAGCCCCUCCAUCCAUCCAUCCAUCCAUCCAUCCAUCCAUCCAUCCAUCCAUCCAUCCAUCCAUCCAUCCACCCAUCCCUCCAUCCCUCGCUCCCUCCCUUCCCGGGGGGCUCCCCGUGCCCGCCCCAGUGCCCACCCGAGCCCCGCCCGUGCCCGCGCGGUGCGGGUGCCAGCCCCCGCGGCAGCUGCCUGCAUUUCAUGCAUUUUUAAGGAGAAGAAGGAUGAAGUGCAGGUGGGAAGAGAAGUGUGGAUUCACCGUGGGUAUUUCCCAAGGCUGCCGGGACACCGGGAAGGGCUCCCCUGCCCUUUUCCUCCCCAGCUGGGAACACCAGCCUGGAGCUGGGACUGGGAACAAACACCGUGUGCCCGCCAACCCCCCAGUCCCUCCCACUCCCGAUCUGCCCAAAACCUCCCUGGAGCUCCGUUCCCAGCAGGGAACACCCUGCCCAGCUCCCCGGGCUGCUCGGGACGCUCCGGCCCUCACGGCCAGCCCGGCAGCCGGCCAAGGGCUUUUUAUCAACUGGCACCCAAAAGUCAAUAAGGAAGAUGCUGCCUGUUUUAAUUAACAGCAAUUUCGCUCUGCCGGGGGCGAGCCAUGUGCCCUGGGGGAGGGAGGGAGGCCGGAGACAAAACAUGACCUUGUUGGUGCAGCACACACAGCGGGACAUUGUUUUCCCCUCGGAGUCUGGCCUUGGAUGCUGCCGGGCUCGUGGCACAGCUGGGUGCUGGGGACAGGGGGUGCUGCCAGCCCCGGUGGCUCCGGAGCAGCCCUGGUGGGAGCAGGGUGACUGGGAAACCGCGGAGUUGGGGAUGUGGCGGCUGGGAGCUGCCCUCGGGGAGUGCUGGUGGCCGGGGAUGGCACAAAAGGGAUUUUGGGAGCCCUCAGCGGGAUCCAGCGGUGGCUGCAGGAAGUGGAUCCCCCUGGCACUGCCAGGGCCUGGCACGGAUCCUGCGGGCCCCAGGCCAGUGCAAACAACCCAACGCUUCAGUCCCGCUUUCCUUUCCCCUCGGUUCCCCUGUUCCGGGAAAUCAGAGAGGAGGAAAAACCCAGAGGGGAAAAACCUCCCUGAGCGGGUGCCAGGCUGCUCGGGAGGGGGGUGUGACACGGGGCACGGCCUGUCCCCACUGCAGGGCUGGCCCCACUGCAGGGCUGGCCCCACUGCAGGACUGUCCCCACUGCAGGGCCUGUCCCCACUGCAGGGCUGGCCCCACUGCAGGGCUGGCCCCACUGCAGGGCCUGUCCCCACUGCAGGACU